UCUCUCCCCGCCGUCAUUUCACGGUAGCGCUGGCUGGAGGCACGGAAAACGCGCUGCCUCUGGGUGGGAGGAGACUGGCGGCCCGGAAGACUGGACGGGGCGGGCUGUAACGCGGGGCCACUCGCCCGCGAGAGCUGUUUAUUGUAGCCGGGCCCUGGUGACAGGCAGAACCUGUAAGAUUUGGAUAUGUCCUUUAUAUUUGAUUGGAUUUACAGCGGUUUCAGUAGUGUACUGCAGUUUUUAGGACUGUACAAGAAAACUGGUAAACUAGUAUUUCUUGGCUUGGAUAAUGCUGGAAAAACUACCCUCCUGCAUAUGCUUAAAGAUGACAGACUGGGACAGCAUGUCCCCACACUACAUCCGACUUCAGAAGAGCUGACAAUUGCUGGGAUGACUUUCACUACUUUUGAUCUAGGCGGACAUGCCCAAGCUCGCAGAGUUUGGAAAAACUAUCUGCCUGCCAUCAACGGCAUUGUCUUUCUGGUGGAUUGUGCGGAUCAGGAAAGACUGGCUGAAUCUAAACAAGAACUUGAUGCACUAAUGACAGAUGAAACUAUUGCUAACGUGCCUAUCCUAAUUCUUGGAAACAAGAUAGACAGACCAGAAGCCAUCAGUGAAGAACGGUUACGAGAGAUGUUUGGUUUGUAUGGCCAGACAACAGGAAAGGGAAAUGUCUCAUUGAAGGAAUUGAAUACUCGACCCUUAGAAGUCUUCAUGUGCAGUGUGCUAAAGAGACAAGGUUAUGGUGAAGGAUUUCGUUGGAUGGCACAAUACAUUGAUUAAUGCCAAAAUCACAUUAGUACAUAAUAUCCCAAACCUGUUCAUUAUUUGAUCACUCAGUGUACAUAACUUGAACUCAAUAGACUUUGGUUACAAAAGCAUAUUUUUUUUUAUUAUUGUAUCAAUUGUGUUAAAUUUUAAGUGUAAGGACUUAAAAUGGAUUUUAAGCAAAUUUGUCAGCUUGAACCCUGUAACAUAUUAGUCUCUAGUAGUAUAAACCACUCUUUUUUGGGAUUUACAGCUUGUCUGUUGUCUGCAGUUCCCCCCCACCGCCCGCCCCCGACCGUGACUUUCCAGCACAGUAUGUUUUUGAAUGCACUUUUUAACAGCUCAACCCUACAGACUUGUUGGUCAUAUUUAAUGCUCAUCAUGUUAAAUUUUUAUGUACUUUUUCAAAACUGGUUUUAUAAAUGUAGAGUGUAACUGCCUCUCGAAUAGUAAUGAAUCAGCUUACAGAUAAUUGCAUGAUGCCUUACAGUUUUCAAUAAUAUACUUUCUUAUGCAACGUCAUGCAAUAAAACGAAAUCCCCAUUUCUUGGCAUCUUUAAUGGGAAAUGUUUCAUUUUAAUGUGUCUUAACCUAGUAAGGAUGUCUCAAGAUGUGAAUAUGUGGGGUAGUUUUCUGAAAUGCAGUAUAACUUCAGUGUACUGUAGACUUUUUAAUUUAUCUGAUUACCUUUAUGCUGGGAAUGAAUCAAAUUAAUGUUAACCAUAUUUUCUGAAUACUGACAUCCACUCAGUUGUUCAAGUUGUACAUCAAAAGGUACCAUGGUCUAGGUAUGUACUAUACUCCAUAGUACUGGUGAAUACCUGAGCACUCACACAGUAAUCUAAAUAACUACAGGUUGUGCAAAAGGGUUUGUGGAUUCUGCUGCAAGCAGAGGUAAACUGCACCUGGUUCAGCAGCUUUACAGAAAAAGCUGCCAUGUGGGGAUCCUAUGGGGCAGCAUAUACAGUUGCCAUAAUGCUGGAUGUGGAAGGUUAGCCUGUUGUGCUUAAUACUUUAUGUACUCUGUACUCCAGAUCCACAGGUGGAAACCUAAUUCUUCAUGUUGAUUGUAUUUAUUUGGUUGUUACCUCAGGGUGUGGCCAGCUACCACACCUGUUGUUCUAAGUAGUUGUUCAUGCAUUCUGUUUAGAAAAAGGUAACAGAACAGUGCAUGGUAACUGUCAAUCACUACCCCCAAAAGGUACUAGAAAAACGUGUUUCCUAAUUGCCUUUUUUUGGCUAUAGUAUGAUUGUUGCUAGUAUCCAAGUUACGUUUUAUUAACUGCUUCUGUGUUUAAUGCAGUGAUAGCAGUAUGCAGAAUGGGAGCUGCUUAUUACCACAUCCAAAUGUUUUCAUUCAGCAGUAUUAUGCUGUAGUACACUGUGAUUUUCAUAUGCUGGCCACUGUACCACUUGGCCAACCACUUGGUAGUUAGUGAGAGGAAGCCAUGACUCUUAAACCAGUUGUUUUGUUCAGUUAUACCACCCAUACUCUGUUUUGCAUACUGCAAAUCUCUUGGUUUGCAGCCUUGACCCAAGCAAGCUUCCCCAUGUUGUUUAUAUGCAGUGAAGAGUUAUCGUUCAUUCAGAUGCUUUCAGAACCUGGGAAACUUAUUGACUGUCGCUAAUGAGUGAAAACUGAGGUCGUAUUUUAGGAGGAAAACUGGCGGAAGUCUGAACAUUUAUUACUAAAGAACUGGAAGUGUUUCAUUUUUGUUUACCAGUAUGUAACAUCUUUUUCACCCUUAUGUGAUUAGGUAUAAUACUUCCAGGUUUGUAGAAGAGGGGCAGAGUAAUUCUCCCCUCUCUUGGAAUAAGCAUCACAGAAUUCCAGUAUCCUACUAAUAAGGCUAAUUUAGGGCUUUGAAAUGCAUGUUUACAGAUUAUAUUACUUUUUCUGAGUGUCUUGCCCUCACAGGAAGUCCUGUUCUAGCUCAAACCAGUGUGUAGACAUAAAGUCGCUCUGAAGGACAAACUAGACAAGAUGUUUGAAUGCAUUUUUGUCUAGUUGCGUGUGUGCUUUUUAAAGUUCUAAAGUAGUUGCUGUGCGGAGCUCCAGUCCAGAUCAGGACUGCACUGUGAAAGUAGGGGAUGUUCAACCCUUCAUUUCUGUGCCAUUUCCACACCAAAAACUAACAGUCCCCUGGAUAACUAUUUAAUCCUGAAGGUGCCAUAUUUGGAUACAAAGGAUCAUUUAUCACCCGUCCUUGAAUGCUGUUUAGGUCACAAUGAAUCUAGCAAAGCUGCUCAACUUCCAAUCUGCUAUCCAUCACAGUUAAGUUAUAUUUUCCUCAUACUUCCAGUGGUUGUCCUUGCAUUAGUAAAUCAAUUGGUAGUGUACACAUUUUACUUAAUCCAGCUGGACCAGAUAUUCUGGAAAUCCUCCUCUAUCCUUUUGGAUAUGAAGAUGGGAGUUGUGAAUAUCUGCUUUUUACCUUCAGUUAUAGAGUACAUGUACAGUCCUGUUAGUUGGUAAUGUUGGUUAGGUCUUUAAACUUGAGUAGGUGAUUGCCACAUGGUAUUAGAAGUACCUCUCAAUGCUUAAGCAACCUCUUAAGACUGACCCAAAGGUUUAGCUAGGAUUUAAAAAUAGCUGUAUAGUAAUGAGAGAUUUAGCCAGGUUAGAUUAGUUGGGUCACAACUGUAUUGAUGAAAGAAAUUGCCCUCAUCAGAUACUCUGUCCUGCUGUUGCUAAUGGCCGUACCCGACUCGGUAUUAGUUGCAAGGGAGAAAAUGUGGUAUGCACUAAGAAUUCUAAUUGAAAUGCUAAUGCUUUAAGAAGCUUUUUUAGUAUUUUGAAAGUAAGCACCUAUUGAACUGCUUCAUACAAGAUAGACUUUCCUAUGCAGAAGUCUCUUCUAUGUAGGGACCUAUAUCAGGUCUACAUGUGGAGAACUCUCAGACAUCUGCUUUGCUGCCAGCUGCUUUGUCUUGUAUAUGGGACACAAAUGUGGCAAGCUUUAUCAGAAUUCAUACCAUUUCCUACAAAGAAGUGACUUCUGUAUGGGAAAUUUGUUACAGCCCUAAGCCUUGGGGAAGGACAAUACAUUUAGCACUCUUUACAAUUUGCAGUUGGUAAAAUAUUUACAGUUUUCUCCAUCAGGAUUCCUUAUCAGUUAUUAUAGACAGGAAAAUUAGCUACUUUUUCUUGUUAUGAACAAAAUUGGCUUAUAUGGUUUUAGUAGGAAUGUCUUAUAUUAACCUCCCCCUCCAGUUGCCCUAGUUUGCUCCCUUCAGCAUGGGAUAAUUCAGUUGACACGUUUAGUAUUUUGUUUCAGGAAGUCGGCUCCUGAAGUUGUUCAGUCAUUGAAUUGUGUGGGGUGUGUAUGUGUGUGGCAGUAUUUCACAUUUUGUUUCCUCUGAGGGAUGGCUUGCUAUUCAUUUAAAAAGACAUUACCUUAAGACUGUGUGCUGAAAAAAUUGGAAUUCACUAAUAAAAUGUUCAUAUGAA